UUUUUGAUAAUCAUGAAAUUUGAUAGGCAGAUACUGAACACCUCUGUGUGUGUGUGUGUGUGUGAGCAAAUGAAGGACUACAUGUUUGGAAAGUGGGUCAGUUUUGGCAUGUUAUAUUUGAAACUACCAAGUUGUGUGAUACUUCAUUGAUGCUUCUUGGAACAUUGCUUGUGUUGUAUUCGAGGAGUUUUGAAGAUUGGAUCGGACCUGUUAAAUGAUGAGAAAGAAUUGCCAGUCACAGUUGAGGGAUGCGUUCUUCGGGUUUUUUAGUUGUAGCUUAUGUGCUUCAGUGACUCCUAGAAGAGCAGCAAAGACUUAUACUGUGGUGAAGUUGGUGGAUAGGUUUGUUGAGUCCAUGUAAAUAGCAUAGUGCCUGAAGAGUUUCAUCAGAGUGCAUCUGCUAGGGAGUUGGUCUUUCCGAACAGCAACAUCAGAGAAGUAGUCCGCAGGCAGAGUCUUCCAAUGGUUCUCAGUGGGUGGUUUUGUUUUGAUGCCAGAGUUGGAGCCUAAAGGUUUUCAACUGCCAACUUCAUCAACAUGGGAGAAUUAGUGAUCAGUCUGGCCAGGUGUAGAGGUGGUGGAUUAGGGAUAUUUCAAUUAGAAUGUUGUGGUUAGCUUGGCUAGAGGGAGUGACUGUCAAGCACGAGGGUAGCAUAAAAGAAAGAGUUAUGCUAGGUACAAGUAUCAUAUAAGUGUUUUUUUUUUUUUUUUUUGUAAAAAAGUGAGUUGCAUUAAUAAGAAGUAAUUUUUUUUACGCUUUUUUAAACUGGGGAACACUUUUUAAACGACUUUCUAAAUCAUUUCUCUAAGAGAAAUCAACCGUGUGAUACACCUUAAAGGGUGUAGAACACUAGCAAUAAUCACUUCUUCAGACUAAACUCCUUCAUCUAGCAUUUUGCCAAAUGCUUCAAGAUCAGCUUCCUCGCAAACCCACUCUGCGCAUACCCGGACAUGACCAUGCGGCAUGCAGUACCCAGAAACCAUUGAUGACCAAACAAAGAAAUCUCCAUAAAAACUUCCCUUGCAGCCUUCAUCUCCCCAUUUCCGGCGUGCCCAUCAACCAUCACAGUCCAAGUCACCACAUUCUUCAACGCAGUAGGAACCCUGUUCAACAAUUUCCCAGGUAGCGUUCCUUCUUCCAGUAGGUUUGCGAUUGAUGGUAAAGUACUGGGUAAUCUGUAAUUACUUGUUGGUUUUGGGACAAAGUUAUUGUCAUUUCAAAGUUUCAUCUUUUUCGCGCUGCCAACCUUUGAUUCCCGCAACGAUCAUCAGUAUUAUAUCGUUUUGAAGCUCUUCAAGACCACCCAUACACUUAACCUAAUAACUUAAAUGCCCCUCUCCCCAGUUUUUCUUUCUAUGAAGCAACUAGAGUCUAGAAUUAUGGUCUUUUGAGGAAUGAUGGAGAUGAGAAUGCUGAAACUCUUGCGAAACUGUAAAACUAUCAGAGAAUUGAAGCAAACACAUCUUCAGGUUCUCAUGAAUGGCCUCCAUGGUAGUGGUUUUGUACUGCCUAAGCUUAUUGCACUUGCCUCGGAACUUGUUUCGCUUGAUUACGCGGUUAGGAUAUUUCAGUAUUCUGAGUAUCCGAAUGUAGUUUCAGCUAACACUAUGAUCAAAUGCUGUAUUGGAAAGACCCAUAAGGGCGCAUGGCGUGUCUACGAUCAAAUGAAGGUGUUUACCAUUGCACCGAAUAGUUUUACCUUUACUUUUCUUCUGAGGUGUUUUGAACCGUUUGAAGCUCUAGAAGAUGGUAGAGUGGUUCAUGGUGAUAUUGUGAAGCUAGGAUUCGGUUCAAGUGUUUUUGUUCAGAAUACUCUUUUGGAUUUCUACGCUAAAUGUGGCCGGAAUUUGGAUUGGGCUAGUCGGGUGUUUGGAGAAAUGCCUACAAGAGAUGUUGUUUCAUGGAAUUCAAUGAUUGGUGCGUACUUGGCACAUGAGAAAGUAGAAUCUGCUAUUGGGUUGUUUGAUUCAAUGCCUGAGAGGAACGUUGUGUCAUGGAAUUCUGUUGUUUCGGGGCUUUCUAAGGCUGGAAAUAUGGAAUUGGCUCGCUCUGUCUUCGAUAGAAUGCCAGAAAAAAAUGAGGUUUCCUGGAAUUCCAUGAUUUCUGGCUACGUACGGCUGGGUGAUGUAGAGUCUGCAGAGUGUAUUUUUGAUCAGAUGUCAAAGAGAACUGUAGUUUCUUGGACGGUUAUGAUCUCAGGAUACACUAUGAUUGGAGAUCUUGAAUCUGCAAGGAACAUUUUUCAUCGGAUGCCAGUUAAGAACACCAUCUCUUGGAAUGCUUUGAUUGCUGGUUAUGUUCAUAACCAUGAGUUUGUUCAAGCUCUUUAUGUUUUUCAUCAGAUGUUAAUUGAUGGCAAGUGCAGGCCUGAUCAGACAACUUUGGUCAGCAUACUCUCUGCCUGUUCUCACUUGGGAUCUCUAGAACAUGGCAAAUGGAUUGAUUCUUAUAUAAAGAGAAACAAGUUCGACGUGACCAUUCCUUUAGGCAAUGCUCUAAUAGACUUUUUUGCAAAAUGUGGAGAUGUGGAAAAUGCAAAAGCAGUUUUUAAUAAGAUGGCAAAAAGAUGUGUAAUUACAUGGACAACAAUGAUUUUGGGUCUAGCUGUUAAUGGUCAUUGUAAAGAAGCUCUAGCACUCUUCGAUAGGAUGCAUGUCGAAGGAGUUCAGCCAGAUGAUGUAAUUUUCAUUGCUGUUCUAUCAGCCUGCACUCAUGGAGGGUUGGUGGUAGAAGGUAAAAGGGUAUUUGGCCAGAUGGUGGGGGAGUUUGAUAUUGUACCCCGAAUUGAGCAUUAUGGUUGCAUGGUUGACCUUCUGGGUCGGGCAGGGAGGUUGGAAGAAGCGAAAGAAUUCAUUGAAGGCAUGCAUUUAAAGCCAAAUGCUGUCAUUUGGGCCACUCUACUAGGUUCUUGUAAGAUUCAUGGAAAAGGGGAUAUAUUAGAAUCUGUAACGAGAAAGAUUAUGGAGCUGGAACCUUCAAAUCCUAGCUAUUUGGCGCUUAUUUGCAAUAUGAGCGCCUCAAUUGGACAGUGGAAAGAUACUUUGAUAUCUCGGGUGGCAAUGAGACGGCAAGGCGUGGAAAAAGUUCCUGGUUGUAGCUCAAUUCAAGUAGGCGAUAAGGUCCAUGAGUUUCUAGCCAAAGAUACGAGUCAUAAGCAAAGAAAGGACAUUUAUGGGGUUUUAUACUGUUUAAAUGGACACUUGAAAGCAGUGUCUGCAUGAAUUAUGAUUCGUUAGAAAAUCCCAUGGUUCAUGGCACUAAAAAGAGUCGUUUCCCGGUGGAUGGCUUAGGAAGAAUGAACAAUGAGAAAAUCAAGUAUCUUGGAUGAGUUUUUACUUUCGCAUCAUAGAAAAUUUACUUUAAAAUCUGGGUCGUGAUCACUUCCAAGAAAACCUCAUCUUUUAUGAGCCAGAAUAUGAGAAGGUAACUGAGGUUAUAGUUGCUCAAAAUUUGGGGGGAGGUUGAAUUGGAAAAAAAACCUAAAUUAAAUGUCCUGUGUCUCAUAGAAUUAAGCAACAGAAAACUGUGGGCAGACAUGACUCUUAAAAUCAAUGCUGAAACAUCUACUGGUGAAAAGGUGGCAAUCUGACAAGGUUAAGAACUAUUGCCAGGGCAAUUAUGGCUGUUGAGACUAUCUUUCGUGAAAUGAAACAGUAAAGUUGUGGCUGCUUGGUGGCCAUUCACAUCAGCAGAGUCAGAGUUGCAGGACAAGAAGAAGAAUUGGAACCGCACAAAGCAUUUGAACUUUGUUCUGUCAUGUUCAACAGAAAUAAAAGGAUGUUAAUAUUGAGACUUACAAAGCUGUGAAUUUAUGGAUGGCAAUCAAACUUAUAAUGGUCUAGAUGACUUAAUUUCACCGGCUCUUGUGAUUAGAAAUCAAAAUCUUUUAACAUGGUGUUCUCUCUCA